AUGAUCACCACUGGUAUUAUUGUUGCUAUUGUUGUGGUUGUGGUUCUCUUUGUUGUGACUGUAUGUAUUGCAGGGUUUUGUUUCUACAGGAAAAAAAUCCUUGCUAAAAGAAGUCAAAGAAGAAGUGUAAACUCAGAUUUUCCUACUAAUGUUAAUGAUGACCAUAAGAAGGAUACUAAAUCCCAAGAUGGUUCCAAUAAUCUACAAAAACAAACAAAACCACCCUAUUUCCCUAAUAAUACGGACUCCAGUAGUUCAAGCAGUGGUCUUAGUGGUUUUACUUCAACUGAUUCUUCUGAUGUUUCUACUAAUGCUGAGAAUGAUAAAUCAAAGUCACUUUUAAAGUUAUGGUCAGAGGUAUUAUCUACAACAACUUUUGGACCCCUUGUGGAGUCUCUCGAAGGAAGUAGUUCCUCAAGUUCUUUAUCUGCUCCCCAUGUAAAGACAGAGAAAGUAAUAUAUGAACGGGAAGAGAGAAAAGAAUCACUGGGUGAAACAGAAUCCCUUUAUUCUUUGGUGGAAACAUCAAGAAGAAGGGAUAGAGCUUUUUCAAGGAACAAAGAAUAUACGGCGGAAUAUCGCAAAGGUGACAAAACACGGGAUUUACAUCCUUCUGUGUUUGAUGAUGUUUCAUAUUCACAAAGACAGCUUGUUUUCUUCGAUAUUCCGUCGGGAUCUGACAAUUUGGAUGGGUUCACCUUAGGUGAAACCCAAAGUACUGCAGAUGGAGAGGGAGAUAGAUUUGGUAUUGAGAGGGAACUCACAUUGUCAAAUUCCCCUUCAGACUUGCUGUUCACACCUGUUGUAUUAUUGGUAAAGGAUGGUAGUAUUGGUGGUAAUGAUGAAAAAUAUGAAAAGGAAGAAAAAGAAAAAGAAGAAGAAGGCACCUCAGUGGAUAUUUGGCAAUAUGGUGACUCAGUAAACGAAAUGAACGAACAAGGGUAUUCUUCUCGUUAUGAUUUAUCUAUGAAAGGUUCCUCUUCUUUGAUGGAAAAAAAGACCACAUUGUCUUUUGAUACUCCAAUGGUGGGAAUUUUUCUGUUGGGUAAAUCCUAUAUGAGAGAGAAGGAAAAAGCAAGAAGAAACACUACUGUUAAUAAACAUUUCUUCCAUAAUCUACAAGGAGCGGCGCAAGCACCUUAUGGAGGUGUAUCGCCUAAUGGACCCUUCUUGGGUAAAGAUGAUCCUAACAUGGAUUCUUUCCCAGUAAUCAUAAGUACAAAAAAGAAUGAAGAUUCUUUUAAUGUUUUUUAUGAUUCAACAACAAGUUUUUCCGAUUGUUUGAUAUGGAAAUCCCCCAAUUCUGCAGAUAAGCAAGAUGGGAAUUGGCUUUCUAAACUUCCAAGUGAGAAAAAAAAUUCUUCCAAUUCACUAUGGUCCUUCAGUGAUAUGUUAUCAAAUAGCAGGAGAAUUAAUAGGUGGGUGAGGAUGGAAAAUUACUACAAUCAGGGUUGUGCAGAUAUCAUACCUUCAUCACCUCGUGAAAGACUGAGUAUUGAGGAUGGAGUCUCGCAGGAAGGUUCCAUAACAUCCGAUCCUUACAUGCUAUAUUUUUGUUGGUAUGAUCCAUUUGAUGUUAAAGGCGAAAGGGAUCCUCGAAGAGAACCUUAA